GUGACGUGAACACCACCCCAAAAACAUAAAGAGAAGAAAGAAAGAAGGGAAUCCGAUAUUCAGAUAGUGUGUGGAGAGAGAAACAUGGAGAAAGAGUGCAUCUUGGCCUACCCAUUUCUCUUUUCUACCAUACUUUGGUGUUUUUAUAAUAUUCCCACUUUUUUUUCUCUUAAAAUUAUACAUAAAAAAGAACAUUUCAAGAUAAAUAAAGAAUAUUUCAAUAUUACCAAAUUUCUUCAACGAUCCAAAAUCGAAACUUUAUUUAUUUAUAUCAUCCUCAAAAUUUCAUAUGACCUUCAAUCUCUAAGAAUAAGAUAAUUAUUGUUCUUGUUCUUUUCUGUUCCUAAAUUUCCACCCAUCUGAGAGAAAAUGGCAAAUUCCCAAUUUGUAUUUAUUUGAGAUUUUGAAUUAUGGGAUUGUCUUCUUUUCUUUCCUAAAAAAUAAAAAUUGAAACUUUUACAUCUUUUUCUUAUCUUUUUGUUGUGGCUUUGAUUCUAAGCUGUAAAAAAAAAAUAAAAAAAAUACUGAUCUAGGAGGACCCAUUUGUGGGUUUUUCUUUACAUAUCUUGCAAUUCCUAUUUCACUUCAAUUUCAAGUUUCUCACUUUUCAGUUUUCUCUCUAUCCAAUUUCUUUCUGGUGGGUGUAAUUGUGCAGGAAAUAAUUUUUUGGCAGAAGAUAAGUUUUUGGCCUCUUUGAAUGCAAUGGGGAGGUCAAAUGUGAAGAAGAAAAAACAAGUUGAGGAGAAAUUAGCAGAUGUGAUCCAAAAGCAAACUCGAAUGGCAGAUAAUAGUCCGAGGGCGUAUGAUAAGGAUACAGAAGUCUUCAUUGCCAUGGCACAGGAGUUGAAGGAUGAGGGGAACAGGUUGUUUCAGAGGAGGGAUUCUGAAGGAGCCUUGUUGAAGUAUGAAAAGGCACUCAAGUUGCUACCAAGAAAUCAUGUAGAUGUUGCUUAUCUUAGGAGUAACACGGCUGCUUGCUAUAUGCAAAUGGGUAUUAGUGAUUAUCCUCGUGCUGUGCACGAGUGUAAUUUAGCUCUCGAAGUUUCUCCAAAGUACAGCAAGGCUCUUAUAAAGAGGGCUAGGUGUUAUGAGGGGCUUAACAGGUUGGAGUUGGCUUUGAGAGAUCUCAAUGCAGUUUUGUCCAUGGAGCCGAACAAUCUUACUGCCUUGGAGAUAGCGGAGAGGGUAAACCAGGCUAUAGAUAGUAGAGGUGAUAGGGUGUUUGACCAUCCUGUUCCUGAGAACAUCGAAUCUCCUAGAGCUCAAACUCGGCCGAAAGCAGUGAAAGAGAAGUCAAAGAAGAAAAGGAACUCGAAAAUUGAACAGGAGAAAGCAGAAGAUGAUGGCAAGUGCUUGGAAGAUAUACAGGAGAAGCAAGUAGAAUCCAAGGAUAAGGAAAAGGAGGUUAGAGAAGAAAGGAAAGCUAGAUCCCAGGAAAAGAAGAAGAAGCUGAAAACUGGUAUAGAAAAGAAUGAAGAAGAAAAUCAACAAAGAGAUUUUGAGGAUCUGAUGGAGAAGAAAGCUGAGGAUAAGGUGGUGGUUGAGGAGAAAAUGUCUUAUGCAAAUGGAGAUGUGCAAAUGAAAAAUGUGAAAUUAGUUUAUGGAGAGGAUAUUAGGUGGGCGCAACUUCCUGUAAAUUGUAGUCUCUUGAACUUGAGGGAGGUCAUACAGGAUAGAUUUCCAAACUCAAAGGCAGUUCUUGUGAAAUACAAAGAUGAUGAGGGCGAUAUGAUUACUAUUACAACUAACGAAGAGCUAAGAUGGGCUGAAGCAUCUGCUGAUCCCCAAGGUUCUGUGAAGAUUUAUAUAGUAGAAGUUACUCCGGAGCAUGAUCCUUUUUAUGAGAAUUUAAGAGGGAAAGAUGGAUAUGCAGAAGUCAAUAAUUUGUCUGAGAACGGAAGUGAUAGAGAAAAGGGAGUAAAGAACCGGGGGACGCUGUGCAUUGAAGAAUGGAUAAUCCAGUUUGCUCACUUGUUCAAGAACUAUGUUGGAUUCAGCUCUGAUGCAUACCUAAACCUUCAUGAGGUGGGGGUGAAGCUCUACUCUGAGGCCAUGGAGGAGACAGUUAGCUGCGAAGAAGCUCAGGACCUUUUUGAUUCAGCAGCUGAAAAAUUUCAGGAAAUGGCAGCAUUGGCAUUGUUUAAUUGGGGAAACAUUCACAUGGCACAGGCAAGGAAGCGAGUACAUUAUGCAGAAGAUUCAACACAAGAAACAAUGCAUGAUCAGGUAAAAAUUGCCUAUGAUUGGGCCCAACAGGAGUAUGAGAAAGCCGGGCAGAAAUAUGAAGAAGCUAUUAAGAUAAAGCCAAAUUUCUAUGAAGGACAUCUAGCAUUAGCACUGCAGCAGUUUGAGCAGGCAAAACUUGCUUGGUACUAUGCAGUUGCAAGCAAUGUUGAUUUAGACACAUGGUCACCAACAGAAGUUCUUGAUCUGUUUAACAAUGCCGAAGAAAACAUAGAAAAAGGCAUGCUAAUGUGGGAGGAAUUAGAGCUGCAGCGUCAAACUUUACUCUCCAGUCCCAGCAAUGGCCAUGCCAGCCAUCUUCAGAUGCAGAAAAUGGGUUUUGAUCGUCUAUUUAAAGAUAUAUCAACCAUCGAUUGUGAAGACCAGUCCAUGACUCUCAGGUCUCAAAUUAACGUUCUAUGGGGGACCAUGCUUUAUGAAAGAUCUAUUAUGGAAUUUAAAUUAGGCCUGCCAGUUUGGCAUGAAUGUCUGGAGGUUGCUCUUGAAAAAUUUGAAGUUGCAGGAGCUUCUCCAACUGAUAUAGCUGUAAUGGUGAAAAAUCACUGUUCUAAUGAUUCUGGACUAGAAGGUGUAGGAUUCAGGAUUGAUGAGAUUGUACAAGCAUGGAACGACAUGGAUGAAGCAAAAAGGUGGUACACCGGGGUUUCGUCAUUCCGCCUUGAACCAUUACUGCGAAGACGGAUCUCAAAAAUCUAUUAUGCACUCGAUCAGGCAUGACCAGGACAUUGUCAAAUGCAAAUAUGCGAUGAAGUAUGUCCCACAACUUAGGAUACUUCCAAAGUUCCAAGUACUUAAUUAUCCAGACCUGUACAAUUUUUAUACUGAGAUGUCACAAUUCUUUAUUUCGUCUAUAUUAAUUUACAGAGCCCUCACUUGGACAAGGGAAAUCAGUUGCAAUCUUGUUGUGAUCUUGUACAUUCUAUACAAUAUUCAGGGGAGAGAUUAAGAAGUUAAAAGGCUUUUUAAUAGAAAGCAUUUAUCAUAUUAUCCUUUCAGCAAGUUCAGCUUUUGUAUUUGUGUACCAGUAGUUUCAAUUUUUAUGAGCCGUGAGGCAUGGCAAGUUGGUUAUGCACACGCCUCUCAAUUCCAGCAUCCUAGGAUUGAGAGCUCGUAAGUCGUAGGCACAGACAAAGGAAGGACGGGGAGUUUCUCAGGGCAAUAACCAAGCUCGGCCGAGGCUUUUGAAUUAGGACCAUCUUACCCCCACCCUUCCCUCCCAAACAAAAAGAUUGGUUUGUAAACUUUGUAACUUUUUAUUUUUGAUUCCUACAGAAUUUGCAUAUAGAUUGGUUUGUAACUAAUUUGUAAAGGAAAUAGCUUCUGUUUGAUGUUCAUGUUUUUUUGUUUCCUUCAGUUUUGCUCCUUUGUUUUAACAAGUGGACAGAAAAAGGUUUUUCCUCUGCUUUUGUAACUUGAAAGGCUUGUAUCAAAGUAUGAUCAUCCAUUACAACAAUUUCUUGUUUA